AUGGGCCAGGCGGAUGGUAUUUUUGGGCCUCGGCUGGAAGGACGUCCCAUAAAGAAGCUUAAGAACAGAAUCCGUUGGAGUGAAAUGCAUGAAAAGGUGAGGGAGUUAACUGAAGAGGAGAACAAUCAGAGGUGGCUAUACCUUACCGAGGAUGACAUCAAGGGAUUGCCCUGUUUUCAGAAUGAAACACUAAUCGCGAUAAAAGCACCUCAUGGCACUACACUGGAAGUACCAGAUCCUGAUGAGGAAAGAUCGGGAACGGGCAGAACCUCACCUCUGAAAAGAAGGAACAAACAGCCGCACGGACGCACGACAAAGCAGCCACAGGCACCCUACACACGAAAAGAAAGCGGAAGGAAGAAAGAUCAACAGCUGAGUGGAGAGCGGAAGCAGCGGAAAUUAAUAAGCGAACGAAAGAAGGAGCUCACCCUAACCAAACGCAACAGCAGCAGCGAGAGGAGCCAUGAGGAAGUAGAGCGGCGACGCGGCAAGCAGGCAACAAGCAAAGCGAUGGCGAUGGCGAUGGCGAUGGCGAUUGAUGGCGAGCCACGGAAGCAACGGCAGCGGCCGCGAGAGAUCGCACAUUGCGCAACUGUUAUUGUGUUUAAUUUAUACUUUGAUAACCCAACUAACGGAUGGUAA